AUGACCGACCGCGAUGCUACUGCACGAGUGACAUAUGAGUUGCUACGUACACACGGAGACUUGGAUACUGCUGAGACACAUAAGGAGAUUCUAAGAACAGUAAGCUCCGUGGACGUUGAUCGCCAGAGCGCCGAGGUCUUACAGCGUCUCCAUGCAACAGAAUUUGCGUUUCUACGAGGAAAAGAGCUUCAAGAGAAGAAGAAUCAAGUGUCUAAAAGACGGAGGCAAUUGCGGAACGAGUGGAGACUUAGACAGAGUAUGACGCCACAGGAAGGAGCGACAAUCGAAGAUGUCCAGCGACACUUUCCCAAGCUGUUUGAAGGAGUGAUGGACGAGAGGAAGAAACAUAGAAAUCUAAACGCUGAAGUUAAUGAAAGCGUGGGGGUAACGCGUCAGUCCCAAGGAACAAUUCAGCCACUGUUGUCUCCUGCUGUGAAUGAACGUGGAGCUACUAUUUUGAGUCUGCCAGCGAUGGUGGACACAUGUAGGAAUGACUUGAAUGUCACGAUGGACGUGUGGAAUGGACCGCCACAGGUCGCUGGCUUUUCAAUGCCAAACGAGGCUGUACUUCAGCCCAAGCAAGCUCUUAGUGACAUGCUGAGCAAGAGAUCAAGGCUACCUCAUGAAGAUUCAGAGUUGUUUGGUGUUGACACUCGUUCCAAUCCCGCAAAGCAACGCAAUUUGUUCCAGACUGCUUCAGAACGACUCGAGCAUGACCGCAUGACAGGAAGAACUAGAGAUAUUGACGAUGAUCAGCCAAAGAGCAGAAAUGGACGACGAAGGGAUCUCCGGGGUCCUCCACGUGGAAUUUAUCACCCUGUCAACCAAGACGUUCUCCUUGGCGGGGGCGGAAAUACUGACAACGGGUACAUGUAUGGGUCAAGUGCAGUCAGCAAAAAGUUUGUGUCUCCAAUGGGCGAACGGGGCGCGAAUAAAGCCAGUAACAAACAAGUCAUACGUCCUGAUGAGGACAAGGAUAUGGAUCCACGUCUCAAGAGCUGUGAUCCCGAGCUAAUUGAGAAAAUCGAGAUGGAAAUCGUCGACAAUGGGGACCCAAUUACAUUCGACGACAUUGCUGGACUGCAAUUUGCGAAGAAGUGCGUGAACGAGCUGGUUAUUUGGCCGAUGCAGCGGCCAGAUAUCUUCACCGGACUUCGUUCUCUUCCAAAAGGUUUGCUAUUAUUUGGACCACCUGGUACAGGAAAAACAUUAAUUGGCAAAGCCAUUGCAAGCCAGUCUGGUGCGACCUUCUUUAAUAUUUCUGCUAGCUCGUUAACGAGCAAAUGGAUCGGCCAAGGGGAAAAGCUGGUUCGAACACUAUUUGCUGUCGCAGCGGUGAAACAGCCCUCCGUGAUAUUUAUUGAUGAAAUCGACUCGCUAUUAACGCAACGAAGCUCGACAGAGAACGAAGCUAGUCGACGGAUGAAGACCGAAUUUCUGGUGCAGCUUGACGGUGCUGGCACAAAAGCGAAGGAUAUCAUUCUCGUCGUUGGUGCCACAAAUCGACCACAAGAGCUUGAUGAAGCAGCACGUCGACGAUUCGUGAAACGCUUGUACAUUCCUCUUCCUUCGCUCGAAGCCAGACUAGAUUUGGUUAGCAGGUUGCUUAAGGAUAACAAGAAUGACUUGUCAGGCGAGAAUAUGGCAUUCAUUGCCGAAUCUACUAAGGGAUACUCUGGUGCAGAUGUUCGGGCACUAUGCACGGAAGCAGCGAUGGGUCCUAUCCGAAGCUGCGUUGAUAUUCGCACGAUGACUGCCGAUUCUGUUCGUCCCAUUAUCUUGGACGACUUCAUUGAGGCAUUGCGAGGGGUCCGUUCCAGCGUCGCGACAAAGGACCUCAGACUUUACAAAGAGUGGAAUGAAGAGUUUGGAAGCUUUGCUUUUGAACGCCACGAAUCUUCUUGA